AUGCUGAAGCCGAUAAAGAACUUUUUGACCUAUUUGCAAAGAAAUGCCAAUAGUACGAACAUUUUCGGGUUAACAACACCAGCAACAACGGAAAUGGGUCGACCCGAGCAGCCUCGGUUGGAGGAAACGAUUGUGAUUGCGAACGAUGACCUGCUGUCCGACAACGCGGACCCGCUGUACGACCCGCUGGCCCUGGACGACUGUCCGGUGGCUGCGGUACAGCACGAGACGCAGGAGCUGAAUGAUAGCGACCAGCUAGAGGGUGAUACGUCCACCGGCAAGAUAAUAUUGGUCGAUUUAUCCACACUGAAGACGAGAAUCGGGAUCAACGACUCGGACACUGACGAAGACGCCAACGAGGAAGAAAAUGAGAUAUUGUCCUCUGUCUUGCCCGCUGCCAGUGGAAUUACGCCGACCAACGGUGCAAUCGACGAUGAGAAAGAGCAAGGAAGCAAAGAAAAGAGCGACCACCGCGUUACCGGCAGUGUGAUACCGGUCCCAAGAGGCGAACCGGAGCAAGAAGUUCUCUCGGAUAGCGACACGGUGUUGGUGUUAGACUCAUCAACAGCCUCCGACAAUGAUGCCUUUACGGUGGAUGUUUCGGAUGUGGAGGCUUCGGUUGAGAAGGCCAACAAGCAGGGCGGAGAGGAACCAUCGGGCUCGCAGAGCGUCGCAAGUUCGGUAUCGAUGAAUGGCCAUCACGUCGAAGCCGUGCACGAUCAGGAUGCUAUCAUGGAUGACGUCAGUGUGGUGGAGUUAGAUGAGCCCGAAGCUGCCUGCAGAGUGUCAGACGGGGAACCGAUGACCACCGUGGGUGAACAGAUAUUGCCAGCGGUCAGUGUGGAGGAAGAAGAGGAAGCUAGCGAUGGGUCCGACUCGGGCCUGGGAUUGGAACCGACCUCCACAACCGUGGCUCUGGAUGUUGAAAUACUUCCACCGAUGAAGAGUAGCCUUAAACGGCGCUCUCAGCCAUCGAAUGCGGAUGCCGAAGGUGCGUCGGCUUCGCUGCCGGACAAGGAUGAAGGAGUGAGCAGCCACAAGCGGGUGAAGAAGGGCAUCACGUUCGAUGGCGUAACGGUGUACUACUUUCCACGAAUCCAAGGAUUCGGUUGUGUCCCAUCACAGGGUGGUUGCACGUUGGGCAUGGAAUCUCAGCAUGUUCACUCGAGACGACUGUCCCUGGCGGAGCACUUGGCAGAGCAGCGUAAGGUACACCGGCAGCAGCUGCAGGAACUGAAUCCACGCAGCUCGUCGAGCGAGGACACUAGUAGCGAGGAGGAACCGAGCGAGAGUGGCUCGGAGGCCGAUAGCGAAUCGUACGGAUUCCUGCAACCAGUUACGGCUCGGCAACGGCGGUCCCUCCUAAAAGCGGCCGGCGUACGGAGAAUCGAUCCGGACGAGAAGGACGAAUGCCGCGAGAUACGAACGUCGCGCGAAGUUUGCGGUUGCACGUGUCGCGGCUUCUGCGACCCGAACAUCUGCGCCUGCAGCUUGGCCGGCAUCAAGUGUCAAGUGGAUCGUCCCAGCUUCCCGUGCGGUUGUACGCACGAGGGAUGCAACAAUACGGCCGGGCGGGUAGAGUUUAACCCGGGCCGUGUACGCACCCACUUCAUCCACACGAUCAUGAGGCUGAGCCUCGAGGACAAGGCGAACGAGGUGCGCCGAACGAUGGUGGCUGAUGGUGCUGGUAGUAGUGCCGUUGGAUCCGUCGGUGGACCAAUGGUGACAAACGGUGGCUGUGCAAACGAUGGUGGAGUUGCAGGCAGGUCAGUGGCCGCGGCCACUGCUGUCAACAGUUGGUCCAGUGGCCCAGUUCGAUUAACUCCGGCAAUGGGUGAAGGGUCAAUGAUGAACGAUCACUACCAUCAUCAGCAACAGCAGCUACAUCACCAUGCUGUAGCAUCUCACGGGCCCUACCAUAUGGCUGCUGCUUCCGGUCAGCAUCACCCACUUCCGCUACAGCACCCACUCACCACAUACCAUCAGCAUCACCUGUCGCCACACCUACACACGGGGCCAUAUCAUGGAGCCCACGGUGGAGCUGGUGGCGAGUAUUUUGCGUUCCGAGAUUUCUACGGCGGAACAGCGUUGGGAGUGCCGGGAACAAGCACCCGUCCGGAGCACUUUUACGGUCACUACGCAGGAUCCGGGCAGAACAGUAUGGCACCGUAUCACACCCAUCACACGCACCAUCACACGUCACCAUCGAUGAUGAUCGUGCCGCAACAACAUCAUCCGGCGAGCGUUAGUGAGUCCGUUCAUCAUCAUCAUGCUGUGCAGAACAUGAACAUGAUGACGACCAGCCAUGAUCGGCAUACAGCCUACGGUGACAGCUCUGCUGGUCCGGUCCCUCCGCCAAUGGCAGUUGAUUCGAGUUCGCCCGGCACCGAUGCGAUCCCCUCGACUGGUAUACCGUUCCCGAUGUGCGAACCAUCGGAGGAUUGCACCAGUCUGGCUGAUGUUCCCCUAGAAACGAUCGUUAUUGACAGUGCGGACACGUCCACCACCACGUUGGAUGAUAGUCUGGUCCAGGAUGAUAGUGGACUGGUCGUCAGCCAACCGGAACCGUCCACCCCCGAUGUACAACCCAAAGACUCCACACCAGCCGAAGCGUCGAAUGUGGGCUCCUCACUACCCGCCGAUACGAUAUUCUUCGACCUAACGACACCGAGUGCCGGCAAUACGGAGCGUCUAGAAGCAAUCAACGAUAUGCUAGAGUGCAGCCGGCGGCACUCGAUCAACCUAGCGCGAUGUGCGGCGGCGACCUCGAUUGUGGCAGAGGAGGACAGUGAGUUGCGUGACUUCUGUCACUCCCCGGAACCUUUUCGCACCGUUGCACCGACAGAACCGGACCGAACGCUGCGUCAAUUGGCGGGUGAGCAAUCAUCCAAACGACGGGACCAUCAUCACCUUCCCAGUGAUACUUCUUCCCAUCUCCUCGAUUCUGAUGCCGAUGAUGAUGAUGUUGUCCUGUGCCAGAGUGGCGCUCGACAGGACGGCAACGGAGACACUGUGUACCUUAACGGAAGUGGCCUAAACUCGGAAGUAGACAGCGGAACGCACAGUAAUGGUACCGCCACGGAAAGCUUAAGCAGUGGGAAAUGUGUUUCGUCACCCGACGUUAUAGAAACGAAACCGCCGGCCCCACUUUCCAGUAAGCACCAGCCGAAUCUACUUACCAUUGAACAAGCGGACAUGGCAGCCGAACCGGUGACGGGUUGUUCCCGAACGUCACCGCGAGAAAACGAUGGCGGUGAUUGUGUGGCAGUAGCCGAUGAGCCGAGCGAAAAUCUAAGCGAGAUUAUUAAGAACAGUAUCGUGGAGACGGCUGUAACGCACUGAUGUGCCCUGUUUCUGUUAUGUCCCUGUCACACCCCGAGUGUGCCCUCGACAGUUUGGGAUUUUAAUAGGCGACGCCGAUCUCUGUCGCUUGCCCUUUUUGCCGUUUACGUUACGAUUUUGAUUGAUGUCUGUGUGUGAUCCACAAGACUUUUGAAAAAAACAGGUCAUUUGUUCAGUAGGUUUCGUGUAGGUUUUUACUGUAAACGCUUGGCCUCGACUCGACCAAACGUUUUACAAUUUACUUUUAUUUGGCACGUUACAUAUUGUGGCAACAUUCGUUGUACAGCAGAGUACGCACACUGUAAGCCGUUUUCCGUUUGGUAUGUCAGUGCGCCAUCCGACCGCGGGACCUAGUACAGAAGACCAAACAGGAGAAACAGGGACGAAGCAACGGUGGACCGCGCGUUCAAUGAACGUGUGCACCGGGGCUGUAUUAGGUCGCAAACGACCUAUAAAGAACAAGUCGACAGGAAACCUACUACUAAGGUUGCCUCAAUUGUACAUACCAACGCCGUGAUUGUGGUUGCUGGAACUGUGGAUGCAGGAGCAACACACAAUUGAAGCACACAAAAUCUAUCCUGAAGUGAAGGGCAGCAAUCCUCCUGCGAAUGUCGUGCCACAUCCAUCGUACCAGCACACCACCCCAACUGCACAAGCGGGAAAUCCGUAGCGACAAGAUGUACCUAAACCCUGCUUGUGCGAGUUUGUUGCGUACGAAACACGGAGGCCAGGAGGGCCAGGGCAGCACACGCUAGCUAGUGUCAGUAACAUAAAACAUCUAUAUAAAUUAUCAAUAAAAGCAAAAU